ACAACUAAAGAUGGUAAUCCAGAAAUGUGUCAUGCAAUAACAAAGGUUGAAUGGAAAACUGCUCGUGGAAGUGAUUCAUUCAUUACAUUUUCUGGUGGGAUGUCAUUUGACAAGGGAAGCCAAAAUCCUUGUGUCACUGUAAUACAUGGAAAAACAACUACAGUGUUGGAGAUGGAACACAGUAUUAUUGAUUUUAUUACAUUGUGUGAAACACCAUGGCCAAGCGAUUAUCAAGAUCCAUAUGCUAUUGUUGUUUUGUUAUAUAAUGAUUUAGUAGUGAUAGAUCUUAGUAGUUCUGGCUAUCCUUGUUAUCAAAAUCCAUAUCCAAUGGAUUUACAUGAAUCUCCUGUAACAAGUUGCUCAUACUUUGCUGAUUGCCCAAAUGAUCUGAUACCUGCUUUAUAUUCUACUGGCUCAAAAGGGAAAAGAAAUCAGUGUUUUUCAGAGAAGGAAUGGCCUAUUGAUGGAGGCAGUUGGGGUGUAUCUACAUUAAGUUAUCCAGAAAUCAUAAUUACGGGCCAUGCAGAUGGUUCUUUAAAAUUCUGGGAUGCUUCUUCAGUAUCAUUGCAAAUUUUGUACAAGUUGAAGGUGUCUAGAAUAUUUGAGAAACCAAAAUUACAGUCUUCUGAUAAUCAGGAGGAUGACCCAUUUGCUAUAGAGCGUGUGGCAUUUUGUCCUGAAUCCCGAACAAUGUGUGUUGCAGAUGCAAGUUCGCAUGUCAUCAUAUUUAAAUACCAACAAAAUGAAUCUUCAUCAGAAAUUACAGUUCUUGAGAUUCCUGUGUUUUAUGAAACUGAUGAGGAUCUAGAGAAUCCAGAGAUUGAUGUGUCUCAUGCCCAUCAGCAGACAAAAAAUGAGAAUCAAAACUCUAGUUCAUCAUCAGAUUGCACAAAAACGACAUGUAGCUACAUGCCAAUGAAGGUUAAAUCUGGCAUAUUAAAAAAAAAUCCAGGAUUUCAAGCAGACAUAGUUUGUCUUGCACCUGUCAUUAACAGAGAUACGCCUUUGCAUAUUACUGCUUUGGCCCUAAAUAGUGCUAUUGGAUUGAUGGCAUAUGGAAGUGAAUGUGGUUUAGCUAUUAUUGAUAUGAUCCAAAAGUGUUGCAUUGCAAGUAUGAGCACAGCAGACUUGUAUGGUUCCUCUGACCUUUAUCAGAAAGUUCCAAGGUCUCCAAAGCGAGCCAAUGUUAUGUUAGGUGAAAAUCCUAUUGAUCAAGAUAAGUGUCGUUCACCCACUGCAGAUCAAGUGAAUGGGAUGUGCCUCAGUCCAACAACUCGUAAACAUUUAUUGCAAAGAAAGCCACCAUCUGCUGAAAUGAGACGGACAAAAUCUCAAGAUAAAAUUGAUAAUUCUUUCUCACGAUCACGUAGUUCCAGUAUGUCCAGUUUGGAAAAUAUAAACUCAGAAACUGUUCAGUGCUUGAAUUUUGCUGAAUCAUACUGCAGGAAAUCAGAUUUUAUAACUGCACCAACUUUAUGGAUUGGCACAAAUCUUGGUUCUGUGUUGGUAAUACUUUUAACACUGUCCCCUACUCCUGAACUUAGAUGUGCUCAGCCAGUUAUUGUAACACCAAGUGGCACAGUGUAUAGAAUUAAAGGUUCAAUUGUUUCUAUAUCAUUUCUUGAUUCAACUGGAUCAGUGCUUGCUUCACAUUUUGAAUCAUGGAAAGCUGAAAAUAAAGAAGCUGAAAGUAAAGGAGUAAUAGAAAAAGAAAAGAAGAAACUUUCAUCAAAUAAUCAUUCAAAAAGCAAAGUUUCUCCUACUUCAUCAUCUGAUUGUCAUGAUUCGCAGUUAGUUCUUCUGUGUUCAGAAAAACAAGCAUUGGUUGUAUCUAUUCCAUCGCAAACUUGUGUUCAGAAAGUGAAUCUUACUGAAACAUCAUUUGUUGUUAAAGCUGAAGUAAUAUUACUGAAAGAUCAUGAUAAAAUUUGUUUAUCUUGUUAUGUUGCUUGUGGAAGUAUAACAAUUUAUAGUUUACCCUCAUUGAAGCCCGUUUGUACUGAAGACUUCCUUCCAUUGGUUGAUAUGAGGGUUGCUAGAACAUUUUGCUUCAGUAGAAAUGGGCAUGGAGUGUAUCUAUGUUCACCUACAGAACUACAGAAAUUUUCAAUAUCUUCAUCCUACUGUAGUAAUUUGCAAGACAUGUUAGGAACACUUUUUGUCAACAAGGAAAUCCCUGAAGCACCGAAGAUUAGUUUUUUCAAAGGACUCUUUAGUACUGGCCCUAGUAUAUUAGAUCGAGAAGAAUUAUUUGGCUUAUCCAGUGGUAAACCUUCCAAAAAUGUAGCCACACAUGUACAUAUCAGUUCCAAUACUGAACAAGUAAAAAGUCAGUCAUCUACUCUUGCAGGAGAGCUUUCAAAGGUUAAACAGAACCUUGCUGAAAGAGGAGAAGCCUUAUCCCAGUUAGAAGAUCGUACUGAAAAGAUGAUGUCUGAAGCGGAAAGCUUUCACAGUGCUGCAAGACAACUAGCAACUAAAUUCAAAGAUAAGAAGUGGUACCAAUUUUAAAAACAAACAGUAUUGACUUCUAUUACAUUGUGUGCCCCUGGCAGGAUGCUUUUCUCAAAACAGUGCAUCAUUCUGUACCUGGCUAGAGGUUAUACAUGCAAUAUACUUGCAGUUAUGUGCGUGUGUGAAUAUAUAAAUUAUUUAUUUAUUUACUAUAUGCACACAUGCAUGUGUGUAUGUGAAUGUGCAUGCACAAACUUUAGAGAGUACAUACACUUGAACACAUAUUUUAUCCAAAAUGAAACGAUUGAAUAUCGAUUUGAACUUUGUAUUUUUUAAACUCGUAAAAUUUAAACUAUUGUUUCCUGAUAGCAUUAUAGAUAAUAUUUUGUGGUUUCAUAAAAAUCAUGAAAGUAUAAAUAGUCUUUCUAAAGCCUUGAUCAUAGCCUAUGCAUAUUGAGUUAUAUGUUGCUCAUAAAUGCCGAAAAUAGUGGCUCUUUUUUUUUAACGUACCUACAUGGAGAAAGUUCUGUUCUGAUUAAUUUCCAUUUAAAUUCAUUUGCAGAAUUUUUACAUGUUUAAUAAAUACGUUGUUCAAUUGUCGAUUAACAGAGGAGCUCCAUGCUGCAAAACUAUAUAAGAGAUUGAUAGGUAUUUUACAUUAUUUUUUUACAAAGUUUGAAAUGCAUACUUUAUUGAUAAUUUUUUAAUGUGUAGGUAAACAUAUCUCCUAUCCAUAAAAUAUUCAAAAGUAAUUUUGAAAUUUAAAAUUAUUUUUAUUCUUCUGUUGUAGCAAUAAUGAUGAGAGCUAUUUUCUCUUUUAAUACUGUAGAAUUAUUUUUUCACAUUUCAACUGCUAAUAGCUUUGUUUUGGUUGCAAGAGUUGAUCUGAUUGAUGUAGGUUUGAAUAUGUGCCACACUUUGGAAAAUGCAUACUUUAAUAAAUCUGUAAGACAUUUAGGUGGUGACAAGUUCAUCUAUAAUUAAUUUUAGCCAAAUUCUUGUUUAAAAUGAUUUUUUUUUAUAUAUUAAAGAAAAAUUCUCUUUGCUGCGUAAUAAUGGAUAAAUUAUUUUGCAAUUUUUUGUUAUCAGCAAGCUGCCAGGAGCUAGAUCCGUAGACUUAUAUCUAGAAAUGCUACCCUAUUUCCGUAAAGUUAACAAUAAAUGAAGUAUAUUUUCUGAAAUAAAUGAAUAAGAAGUAAUAUGAUCAAUUCUUUACAACUGAUUUGGUUAAAUCCAGAAUAUUUUGUAAUAUUUAACAAAAAUGGAAAAAUUAUUCCAAAAAAGUAUACUCAAAUGUAAUUCUUUAUUUUCUAGGGAUAAUGAAUUUGUUUUUCAGUACUUAAUUCAGUGUAGAAUACUGUAUUGAAAAGACACUGAAAACUUUUCCAAUAAGGUCACAUUUAACUGAAAGAGCACAUCAUGACUCAGCAUAAGAUGUUCAAAUUUUCACAAUGCUAGAUUUAGUUUUUCCCACUGCCACUCGGACUAAUAAAUGUCUACUAGUUGCUUAAUAUUCUUAGAGCUAAAUAUUAUAUGUUCACAGUGCAAAAUAGUUUGUAGUUCACUUAAUGUUUUUAUUGUUUUAUAUAUGUAAAGCUGUCAGUUACAUUUUUCAUUGGUAAUUGUGUAGUAUUGUUAUGCAGUGUAUGUUGCAAUCUUGCUAUUUAUAAAGCCUUCUUUAAUUAGCACUCUGACAGUUUUGUUUUAUCUGCUUGUGGCACAGUUUAAUAGCAUUUAUAUUUAUGCAAAGAAUAUUCUCUGUUCAUGUAUUUCUUAGUACAUAUGAAAUUAUAAGGGUAAAAAUGGCACAAAAUUAUUUUGCCAACCUAAGAAAAAGUGAUAAUUUUAUGAUGUGUAGUUCUUAUAUUGUAGAGCAGCUGACAUGCCGAGUUUAAGGAUUGAAAUAUUUGCUUUUUUCCCAAUCUACAACUACUCAUUCCCUAUAAGUGGCUUAAAAGGGACCAAUUAUAUCAAAUAUAAACAUGCAUUUCAUACUUCAAAUGAGUAGAGGAAAUUUAGAAUAAAGAAUUGUUUAAUUGCAUAGAUUAAAUAUUAUUUGCAAAUUAUUUUUGAUCAAAUCUGAUAUCAUUUGCACAUUUCAGUCUUUCUCGACAUGUCACACAAAUAAAAUCUUUCUUGUUAAAUGUAUCAUUGUAACAAAUGUGAAUUUAUGUGCAUAAAAAUAACAAAAUGUACUUAAAUCUUCAAUGCAUGUUUAUGAUGCUGUGCCUGGCUUUGUGGUUUAAGAUUGUGGUUUGUUGUCCUGACCAGCCAAGCGAUAAAAUUGUGCUUCCAAAUAAUGAAGGAUAUGACGUUAUUUUCAUAUUAAUAUCUAUGCAAACUUUCAAGCAUUUGUUGUGUGAUUUCUUUUUCCUUUUUAAAUAAUGCAAAUCUAAUUUUGUAAGGUUUUUGUUUUACGAAGUAUCUGCUAUACUUCACUGAAAAAUUUUUUUUUUUAAAGGACAUCCAUAAUAAACAUUUAGGUGUAUGUAUUUGGAAUAUAUAAGCUUGUCUUCAAGGGUUAAGAAAUACAAACAAUGCCUCCUAAGUUUAGAUGUGAGAAAGUAACUUGUGCCAUGUAUUUCUUAUACCCUUAACUCUUUCUUGGAUGGUGAAGCUGAUAGAAAGGAUACUUAAAGAGAUAUCUUCAAAAUAUAUUGUGUUUAUUUCUUGUAUUUUUUUAUAUAUACUGUGAUUUCAUAUAAUUAUUGUACUUAUAAUAUAAAUAAUAAUUAUUGUACUUAUAAAAUAAAAUAAAUGAAUAUAUAGGCUCUUAAAUAAAUAUUUGGAAUAAGUGGCACAUGCUAAAAAAUUAUGUUAAAUAAUGUAAACUCUGAGAGCAAUACUAAUGACUUUUCACUGAAAGUGGUUUCCAAAAUUUUGUACCUGGUUUGUAAGACUGUGAUGUGUUAAGAGAGAUUAAGAAUUCAGCACUUAUUUGUCUUGCAGUAAGUCAAAUUAGUUUACAAAACUGCAGUUUUGGUGUAAUAUAGUGUGUAUAUUUAUAAAGUUAUGUGGAUGUGGAAAAACUAGUUUUUACCUCAAGUGCUCUCGUUUUGUUGUUUACAUUAGAUAAGUAUUUAAAAUUUAUGUACUUAAAUUGUUAUUUGUUAAUUUCAUAAUAAACAUAAACAAAUUUUC